AUGCCCCCCAAGAAGUCAACAUCUGUUGCUCCGCGCGGCCGCCCUCCUGGUUCCAAGAACAAAGCAUCAUCAGCGUCGUCCCGCUCCGCAGCCAUCGACAAGCCUAUCGCAGCGUCAAAAGCAAAGACAAAGGGCAAGCAGCCGGCCCGUGCAAGCGAGUCGCCCGAACUCCAUAGAGCUGGUGGUGCAGAAGACCCCAUGGAGGUUGAAGGCGAUGACGACGGCGACGCCCUCGACGAAGACGGGAGUGACGAUGAGCCCGAGAAGACUAUCCCGCCCGGGCUGUUGACCCGCAUCGUCUACGAAUUCUUUGAGAAAGACGGCACGAGGAUCACGAAGGAUGCGAACGAUGCUCUCGCCAAAUACAUGGAUGUGUUUGUCAAGGAGGCGAUUGCCCGCGCUGCGGCCGAGAGGGACGGCGGGUUCAUGGAGGUUGAGGACCUCGAGAAGAUCGCCCCGCAGCUCCUGCUGGAUCUCUGAGAACCGAUCGACGCCAUUGACGAGAAACGAAAUGGAUACUUUGGUCAACAAUUGGCGUUGAGGUUUCACUGGCCUCUGAUCUGACCUUACCAGUGACAAACCGAGCUUGCUCCCUUCCGUCGAUCAAAACAUAGGGACUUGGCGGCGCCAGGUGAUCGUUAGUACACAGUCAUUUGGAUAUCUCUGUCAGGGACGUGUAGUCUCGGAGACAUGAGGACUGGGCCGGUGAGUCCGCUAUCUGUCCAGAGUCUCAGGGUCGUCUUGUGCCAAUUGCUUACAGGCGUGCUCUAAAGAGGUCGUACAGAUCCGAACUGCAGAGCCUUAGAAUCGAUCUACAGCCAGGCAAUCAAUUAGCCCUGCACUGGUCUUGGUGCCGUGGCAAGGCUCGUCUGCA